AUGAAGGACCGCGGAGACGCAGUUGUACAGCAUUCGACCACUUUGGACGCCGAAAAGGUCAAUGCGACGGCUGACUCCGCUCCCGGAACUGAUUCUCAGAGCAUCGACGACCUCGACGGUCCCAACUCCCGGCACCAUGUCUUCUCCGACCCGAUUGCUGCAGAGCACUGGCGCAGCAUCUACGAGAAAGCUGGCUAUGAGAACAGACACAGAUUUGACCCCGAGUUCACGUGGUCGGCGGAAGAUGAGCGCAUGAACACGAAUGAUUUCAACUAUGGACAAACCAUUUUUCUCGUGUCUUUCCUUUCCGCAGAACUUCCGAGCGGACUCAUAAGCAAGAAGCUCGGUGCUGACCGGUGGAUCCCAUCCAUUAUUAUUGGUUGGUCAAUCGUUGCCGGCUCACAAACGUUCCUCACCAAUCGAGCCGGCUUCUACGCCAUCAAAGCUCUUCUGGGUUUACUUAUGGGAGGGUUCAUUCCAGACAUCGUGUUGUAUCUGACAUAUUUCUAUAAAUCGAAUGAGCUACCCACACGUCUGGCUUGGUUUUGGACAGCUCUCAGUACUGUGAAUGUUGUGGGCUCUCUGCUUGCAGCAGGUGUCCUUCAGAUGAGAGGCAUCAAUGGCUGGUCGGGUUGGCAAUGGCUAUUCCUCCUCGAAGGUAUUAUCACUUUGAUUGUUGGCCUCUUCUCUUUUGGCCUCAUGCCACCGGGCCCUUGCCAAACUAAGAAUUGGUUCCGCGGCUCUAAGGGAUGGUUCGACGAGCGAGAAGAGAAAAUCUUGGUCAACCGUUUGCUUCGGGACGAUCCUAGCAAGGGUGACAUGAACAACCGCCAAGCCGUUGGGCUCAAGCUGCUAUGGAAGGCCGUCCAAGACUGGGAGCAGUGGCCGCUCUACCUUGUUGGUCUGACGACUUACAUUCCUCCGAGCCCUCCACAAAACUACCUGUCACUCAUCCUGCGGCAGCUCGGGUUCUCGGUAUUCCAAGCAAACCUGCUCGUCAUUCCAUCGCAGGUAAUGUUCGCAUUGAAUCUUCUCUUCGUUACUUGGGUUUCGAGGCGUCUUCAAGAACGAGCCAUUGUGUCCUCCUUCGCCAACAUCUGGAUCUUCCCCUGGAUGCUUGCACUGGUCGUCCUCCCUGCAUCUGCAUCGCCGUGGGUUCGAUAUGGAAUUUUGACCGCACUUCUCUCAUAUCCUUAUUGUCACGCCAUUUUGGUGGCAUGGAAUGCGAAAAACAGCAACGCGGUGCGCACACGAGCUGUUUCCGCAGCACUGUACAACAUGUUUGUACAGUCUGGGAACAUCAUCGCGUCCAACAUCUACAGAGAUGAUGACAAGCCGCUUUACAAGCGAGGAAACAGCGUUCUGCUGGGCAUCACUUGUUUCAAUAUCUUGUUGAUGUAUUUGGUCAAGGUGUUCUACAUCUGGCGGAACCGCGUCCGUGAUCGAAAAUGGAACGCCCUGACACCUGAGGAGCAGGAGCAAUACCUCAUCAACACAAAAGACGAGGGACAGCAAAGACUUGAUUUCCGAUUUGCGCAUUAG